CUUAUAUUCUUGUUUCUAAAGGUGAUGGAUUUUGCUUUUCACAAUGACCACAAAAGCAAGAAAAGAUGAUGAUUAUUAUUCGAUACUUAACUGCAACCGGUCAGCAACGUAUGAAGAAUUGAAACAAAGCUAUCAAGAGCUGAUAAGAAAAUAUCAUCCCGAUAAAAGUGGCGGUUCCCAAGAAGAUUUCCUCAGUAUUGAUAAGGCAUGGAAAACUUUGAGAAGUGUGGAUUCAAGAGCUAAAUACGACAGGUACUUAGACUCAGAGACAGAUUAUGAAAACAGUCAUUUAGUGCAUGUAGAGUUGAGUAAAAGCCAAAUAAGUUUCAAUCAUGAUAACACCACAAACUACCCAUGCAGGUGUGGGGGCACAUUUGUGAUACACAAGGAAUACCUUGAUGAAGAAGAGUGUCUUAUAGAAUGCAAUGACUGUUCCAAUUAUUUACUUUUAAAGUGAAACAAAUCAGAUUGUUAUAAUAAUACUUAAUGCAUUUUAUUUUUUACAUUACAGUAAAAUACAGGUGCGUUUUUAUUUU